AUGAAUAAAAAAAUAAAAAUCAACUUUGUUCGAACGCAACUGCAAUGCAUCAGGAAACUCCUGAGAGUGGAAGAAGCGUUGUUUCGACACUCGCGAGAAGACUGGGUGAUUAUAAACGACGGCGUGGAGAAAGAGACGAUCGUUUUAGGGAUAUCCGGGAAACCCGAGGAACUCGUGCACGAGUUGAAAGCCAAACAGUUGCGAGUGCCUUUGGUGAAACGGUUCACGGGAGGCGGCACCGUCGUCGUGGAUAAAAACACGCAGUUUGUCAGUUUUAUAUUCAACGAAGGCACCGUUGAAGGAUUAGAGUUGUUUCCAAGGAAAAUCAUGGAAUGGUCGGGAACCUUUUACGGGAAAGCGGUUGAAGGAAUGUUUUCUUCACCACCGGGCGCCAAAACCUCCGCUCCGCUACGCCGCGACAAAGAUGAUUUUAGUUUACGAGAGAACGAUUACGUGUUCGGCGAGAAGAAGUUUGGGGGGAACGCGCAAUCCAUAAGUAAAAGUAGAUUCAUACACCACACGUCAUUUCUGUACGAUUACGAUAAAGCCCUGAUGGAUUUGUUAAAGUCGCCGAGGAAACAGCCGGAAUAUAGGGAGAACAGAACGCACGACGAUUUCGUCGCGACGUUGAAAAGCAAGUAUACAGAAAUAGGCAAAGAAGAAGAAAGUGAAGAUAAAAGAAGAGAAUUACUAUUAGGAGCGGUGUACGAGAGUUUACGAGAACACCGCGACUUUGAAGUCAGAUCUGUUUCGUUCGAUGCCGCGGAGAAUGUAUUGUUGGAUUACAACGAAAACGUAAAGCCGUCUACAGUAAAAUUGUGGUGCGAUAAAGAACGAAAAUGGAACGUCUGCGACGAUUAG